CUACCUCCCGAGUUGAUCUUCGAAAUCCUAUCCUGCUUGUACUACAAGUCAGACGGGCGCGUGGAUUUUCCUACCCUUGCAGCAUGCACCUUAGUUCACAGCCUGUGGACUACUGCAGCACAGAAAUUGAUGUUCCACAACGUGCCCUUACCCGAUGACUGCAGCGGGUCCGAUAACUGCAAAAGUCGGGCGUUCCGCGAGGCUUUAGAUCCGUCCACAGAGCGCGGUAGACGGUUGGGAGGCUACGUUCGUCGCCUCGAUAUAUGGGUUGGCCCCUCACCCGAGUGGCAUACUCCUGCGGUGUUUGUGACCAUCCUCCGCGACUGUCCAAAUCUAUACGAACUAAACUUCACGCCAGUGGGCAUGUAUGCCUUCGAAGAGACCGUUCUCGCACAGCUCAUGGAACUAUGCCAGUCUACUGGACCUCACGUCCGUGCGCUUCGUCCCAUAGGAGUAGGGGUGCAGUCGCCCAUCAUCUACCAACUGCUCGCAGUGUGGCCCUCAGUGAAGUUUCUCCACCUCAGCUCGGAGCUCAUCGCUUCACCUCCCGAUGAGCCACCCGGAUUCUCUCUAUACGAGCUAACGUUGAGUCGGAAUGUACCGCAGGAGAUUACGACCUGGUUCCUGACCCGUUCAGAGGCUUCCCUCCAAAUCUUGACCCUACGCGAGCUGCCUGGACCAGAUCUCGUGAAUACCCUCUCCCGACACGGACCCCGAAUCCGUUCUAUCCGCUUCUUUGAUUACGGCAAACGUACAGCUGCCCUGGUCCGAGCCUGCAGCAACCUGCAGGAAGUUGUGUUGUACAAACUCGCAAGUGUCCGGGAUCUGGACCUCCCACCAUCAGUGGAACAUCUCAGCUUCCGCACGCCAUUUUGGGAGAAGACUCCAAAACACGCUCUAAGGCCUAUACUAGAAGUCAUACCGACCCUCCCUGCACUGUGGCUUGUGACAGGGGACCAGGAUAUACGCGGGUACGAGGAAUGGCCGCUUUUGCAGCACAUGUGCGAAGAGCGAGGCGUUACUCUCGCCUCCGACGGUCUGUCGGCGUUGUUGCCUGAGGACCCUAUCCUGCCCGACAAAUUUCCUCGCGGCAGGUCUGUCUCAAACUUCAGGUAUAUCAACUGA